UAUAAGCACUGUACACUGGAAACACAACAGGUAGAGGCUUACCCAGAUAUAAUGGUAGCAUGCAAAGAACUGUUUCAUUCAUCAAUGCGUGUCUUUGCAUAUGAGACGGCCUGCUAAAUAAACCAUCUUGUGCGCAACUGAUUAGAAAAUAUGGUCCGGAAAGUGGUAUUUGCGUUCCCUCUCGUUUUAAGCAUCCUGCUCUGUUAUGUUGAGAGUAGAGGAACACCCUUCGUGGACACCCAGAAUGGUCGAAUCUUGGGUAGGACCAUCGAAGUCACACCUUGGCAGAUUCCAGAUAGUGAGACCAUUGUGGUGGAGGCAUACACCAAGAUCCCUUAUGCUGAGUCUCCGGUUGGAGAGCUGAGGUACAAACAUCCUGUCAAGAAAGUUUGGACGGGAGAGGUAGACGCCACCAAACCAAACGUUGCUUGCCCUCAAGUCCCUUUGAUAGGAUUCAUUGUAGAAAUGGAAGAGACAGAGGAUUGUCUGUACUUGGAUGUCUUUGUGCCGUCACCACGGCCCAAUCCAGCGCCAGUGAUGGUGUGGAUUCAUGGAGGAGGGUUUUUCGCAGGUGCAGGAUCAGUACCUGAACAACUUCCUAUACCAUUAUCAUUUUAUGGAGAAGUCAUUGUCGUCACUUUCAAUUAUCGACUUGGAAUGCUGGGAUUCUUGAAUACAGGUGACGGAGAGAUUCCAGCCAACCUUGGUAUGUUUGAUCAACGAGAAGCACUCAAAUGGGUUCAAGAAAACAUAGCAGCUUUUGGAGGUGAUCCAGGGCGUGUAACUAUAUUUGGUGAGAGCGCUGGAGGUGCGAGUGUUAAUUUUCAUCUUCUAUCACCGCUUAGUGCUGGACUGUUCAGAGGUGCUAUACUGCAGAGUGGGAACGCCCUUUUGAAUAUGGGUAAUACCGACCUCGUCGAGAAGACAUUCGAGUUUGGAAAAGGAGCCGGAUGUGACUUCAACAACAGCAAGGAUCUUGCGGAAUGUUUGAGAGGAAGAUCAUUGGAAGACUUGAAGGAUGGAUAUAUUAUUAUAAACGUGCACCCAGGUCAUAUAGAAUUCGCCCCCGUUGUGGAUGGGCACUUUUUAAAUGAUACACCACUCAAGCUGAUGCAGCAAGGACAUGUGAACGUUGAUAACGUCCUCCAUGGGGACUUACUCAACGAAGGGUCCUGUUUCACCAUCUUUACCGGUUUCGCUUCCACUGAAGACAUCCCUCCUCCUGUUUUAACUCUCGACGACUUCAAGAAUCAUCUUGCGAACUUCUUCAUGAUUGAUGAUCCGCUCAUUCUAGAUACGAUUGUCUUUGUGCUCUCUGACUCGGCACAUAUUACAGGAAAUAAAACUGACUACUUUAAGGAGUUGGCAGACGCUUUCGAUUCUAUAAUCUCUUGCCCGAUCAAUCCGUUUUCCAAUCUGCUGUCAACGGCGGGUAAAACGGCCUACCGCUACACUAUGACACACGCCCCUUCUCACUCGGCCCUGGGUCCUCUGAAAUGGGCAGGAGCAACUCAUGUAGAGGAUAUCCCGUAUGUCUUUGGCAGUCCUCUACUGCGUGAGAGGGAAGAUGGUCCUAAAGGCAUGUCUGGAUUCUUCGAUGGGGCUGAGGAGGCGGCCUUGUCCAGACAGAUCAUGCGAUACUGGUCUAACUUCGCAAAAACAGGGAAUCCUAAUUUAUCAUCUCAAGAUCCAAAGGUAGUCAAUAACCCGCUCGAUCUUGAGGAAUGGCAACCGUUUACAAAUGAACAACCCUACUACAAAGAAUUGGAUUAUGGAUUCCCUACGAGGGAAGGUGUGAUGAAAGCCAAGGAGUGUCACUUUUGGACCACUAUCUUUCCAAAGAUGAUGGCCCAAUCAUUUGAGCUGUCGAUGCUGAAGACGAUGUUAGCCGACCAAGUAGCUGCUCAUAGCACUGGAACAUGCGAUGGUGAUUCUUGUCCGGAGCAGUGAUGUCCGAAAAGCUCUGUGGCGGGGCGGGGGCUGGAUGGGGACGGGGCAUGUGUGCAUGGAAGAGGGGUUGUGAGUGGUGCCAGGUAAAGCUUUAGGAGGUAAAAAAAAAUAUAAAAACUCACACCCGCAAUGUACCAGCAUUUUACAUAAAUUUCAUAAACUUUUGCUCAGCGCUCACAAAACUUAAGGAAUCCGGGCAAAAAACGUCAGCCCCCCCCCCCCCCCGAUUGCCCGUACGCCUAUUUUCUAACCAGGGUCCCGUUUUUAUAAAGAAUUGCGAUUGAUCCAAAUCAAUCGCAAGUCCUCCAAUCAAUAAAAAGUUUGUAGUCUCCUAUCUCUUAUGUACAUAGUUUUUUUUUUAAUUAAUACCAACUCUUUAUAAAACGGGGCCCAGGGAUAGUUAACCGACCACACUGCCUAUGCUUUCCAUAUUCGAAUAUAGUAAUAAUUGCUUCAUUAUGUAAUUCUGGUGAGUUCUGGGAGUUAUAUAUUCAUCAUUGUAAUAGAUUCUACGUUAUGAUUUUACGUAUAGGAUAGACCGUUACAGACCAACGAUUUGUAGGUGUCAUUUAGAAAAAUAGCCACGUGCCUUUGCUUUAUUAUAACCUCUUGGUUCAUGCACCAUUAAUGUCAAAUGAACAGGGAUUUUGGUGGGGUCAUUUUGUUUGCAUUUCGUUGAUUUCGUGUAAAUAUUGAACAAAACACCUGAACUCAUGUAUCAUUUUGUUUUCAUUAUAUUAAACAAAUAUUAAGUCUAUAAUUUAAUACAUAUACUUUGAAGCAAACCAUGUUUUUGAGUGUUUCGUAACUCACUCAAGAAUGAAAGGUAAAGUGGUUGAA